AUGGAUAGUUUGAAACGAUUAUCAAUAUUGUUAUUGUUCUUCUUUUUUAUAAUACUAUAUGUAAAUAAUAAUAAUCAUCAUGUGUUUGUUGAUUCAUCAGCACUAUCUUCUCCACCACCUCCUCCACCAGAGCCUGCUCAUCCAUGUAUAGAGAGACAACCAACACCUAUUAAACUACCACUUCAAACGUCACAUUUAGUAGACAAUGAACAAGAGCAACCUGCCGCUGCAAAAGUUGUCUUGGAAGUAUCUUCUUCUGAUGAUAAUGGUAAUGGUGACGGAGGUAAUGAUAAUAUACCAUCACUACGAUCAUUCCCAAUCAAAGUAAUAGACAUUGUACCAAAGAAUGAAGGAGAUGAUAAGACACCUUACCAAUUGUCUGGCACACAACCUAUCAUUGUGGCAUUUAACAGACCGAUUAUUGCACUUGGUGAACCAUCUACCUACUUUCCAUUCAAGCUGAGUUGCAAAGGAUCGGAUACUCCAGUACCGGCCGGUAGUUAUCGUUGGGUGACCACAUCGAUUGCAAGAUUCGAUGUAUUGGUCAAUGGAUGGCCAUCAGACCUACAGUGUCAAUUCAGUGUCGAUGAAACGUUAAAGUCGUACGAUGGAUUGGCCAUCUCAUCCGUGCCACCACCCAUAGCCUACUACACUGCAUCUCCAUCACUGUCAAUCACUUCGAUCACAUCCAAUCGGUCUUCUGAGAUGACUAAUGGCGAGUGGACAACCUACACACCCGCUAGAAGAGUCGAUGAACAAGACUACAAGGACAACUAUGAAGUGCCACCCGACGCAGUCAUCAAACUGUACAUUUCGUCGCUCUUUGAGAUUGAUCGUGUUAAAGAAGCAAUGCGUGUCUACCAAUACGAAUCAAAGAAUGCUGCGGUCCUCAAAAUCACCUAUCUCACCGGUGAAGGGUGUGGAGAAAAAGAGGUGUGUAUCACACUUGGCAGCCAACUAGAGGUCAACCCAUACUCUACCUAUGUCAUUGAAAUACCUCAAGGUAUUCGUAUCCACAAUAGCUCUGGUCCACUAUCUGAAGCCAUUAGUGUUAAAGUUAAUGGUUUAUACCCAUUUAAUUUUUAUUUCAUUGAAUCAGAAGCAACUCAUCAUAGACAAAGAUUAUAUGUUCGCCAUUCAUUAAUGCCAAGUGUAACGGAAGAGGAUCUUGCUCAAGUAUUUAGCCUUAAACCAUCACUUGAUUUAAAGGUAUCAAUCAUUACGCCAACAGUCAUUGAAUUGGAAGCAAAACUUAAACCAUCCACCACUUAUAAACUCAUUGUUUCACCACCUAAAAACAAACCAAUAUUGGAUGGUUGGAAUUUACCAUUACUUGCUCAAACUCAUACCUUUAAUAUGAGUAUUGGUAAUAAUUAUAUUGCUUAUGCUAGAUCUCCCAUUUUUGAUUCAACCAUAUCAUUUCCAAAUCAAUCAAUGAUUUUUUAUCAAAAUCUUUUAGAAACAAAAAAAUCAUUUUUAACAUAUAAUCCAAACAAACCAUGUUCAAAUGUUGAUUUUAAAAUGUAUGCAUAUCCAAUUACAAAGAAUAAUAUAAUUGGUGUAUUAAAGACAUUGGAAGAUUCAUCUAGAAAACCAUUUAUCAUCCCAUCACAGUCACAACAAAGUAUACCAUUGAUUGUUGAUAGCAACAAUACAGUGUACACUGCAAAGAUUGAUAAUGUUGCAGCGUUUAAACCAUCGGGAUCAUACCUUCAAAUUAGAACAGACUAUUCAUACGAUUGUACUGCCAUCUAUUCAUCAGAGUUGGUGCAAGCCACUCAGUUGGGUGUGACACGUCUAGACAUUGGUAAUGAAAUCAUUUAUUGGAUCUUUUUAUUAAAGGAUGCUUCCAAUGUUGCCAAUGCCACAGUCUAUGGAUACGGUCUAAAACAAGGUGAUUACAACGUUGACAAUUUACAAUUGAUAGGUAAAUCAAUAUCUGAUAAAAAGGGAUUGGUUACUUUUAAUUUGGCUGGUUUCAGAUUAAAUUGGAUUGUUGUAGAGUAUGGUGGAAAACUAUUUACUUAUCGUUCCAAUACCUAUGGACCUUAUGGUACUAGUCCAAGAAUUAACUCUCAAAUCAUCACUGAUCGUAAACUCUAUAAUGCAGGUGACACUAUUCAUCUAAAGGCCUAUUUGAACGGUCCCAAGGAUAUCAUCCUCGAUCUCAUCUUCAAAAUAUCGGUUCAAUGGACUAUUCUUGGUACACUUCAAACAUUUGACAAGGUGGUCGAUUUUGACGAUGUCUACAAUUCUCUCAAUAUUUCAAUCCCUAUCCCACCAGGUACCAAUUAUGGUUAUUACUCUCUUUCAAUCUCUGGUUCAAGUGUAACUGAUAAAAGUUCAAAUAAUUUUUAUAGCAAUACAGAUGUAUUGAUUGCAGAUCCAAGAAUACCAACUGGAAUAUUAGAGAUUAGUACAAAAGAUGAUUAUAUUAAAUAUGAUGAAGAUUCAAAGAUUACAGUUUAUGUAUCGACAACCAAUUAUAUUGGAGAACCUAGUAAUGGUCAAAUGGUUAAACUUGGUUGGAAAUUAAUUGGUGAUCCAUCACAAACGGAACAAGUAUCAGUUACAACCAGUAAAGAUGGAAAUGCGUCAUAUACAUUUAGUUUCCCAUCGGCCAAAUAUGAUAUCAAGAGUCAGAUUGAAUUCUCUGCCUUUUAUAUCGAUCCUACCAGAGCCACAGUCAUGUCAAACACAUUUGAACGUUUUGUUUUGGUCGAUCCCUAUGACAUUGAAAUCACCUUGGUCGCAUUCUCUAGUCAGUCGUCCAAAGUACCAUACAUUCCACAAGGUCUCAAUGCUAGAAUGUAUUAUGUACCAACUGGUGAAACCAUUGAAAAUGUUGCACUCACCGUUCAAUUGACUCAUUGGGAGAUAUUGGCUCUCAGUGUCACUGAAAAGAAUGCAGACAGCGCAGAUAGAAAACGUAAAAAUGGAAAAAAGAAUCGUCACUAUCACCAAGACAACAACAAGCAAUCCAAUGUACUGUGCACCAUUCAGAGUGAAAAGAGAGAACAGUAUGAUGAUGCUCGCUUCCCUCAGUGCACAUUCACGUUUGAAGAUUUUGUAGAGAAUGUGAUUGUCGUCAGGGGUAUCGAGCCAAAAACCAAGCAGGUGGUAGUACAGACCUUGGAGAUUGAGGACAGACAAGACCACUAUGUCUAUUAUGGAUACUCACCCAACAACAUCAUCACAGAAUCCAACCACGAUUUGAAAUUGUUUACCAAUGACAAUAACCACUAUGUCGGCGACAAGGUUGUUAUCACCUAUUGGAAUCCAUUCAAAGAGGCAAGAGCAUUGUUUUACUGGGGAUGUGACUCCAAGACUACCAAUGACCAAUUCAAAGUUGGCUAUGGAUUCAACAACUACACGAUCAAGGUGGUUCCAAAGUGCCAGACUUUGGGAAUGUUUGCAGUCAUCUCGAUUCAAGGACACGAGGUGGGAUACAAGAUUGGUGCAGGUACAGUGUCGCAAGUAUAUGAUCCACUCUCUGCCAAGAGUGCAUCGGGAAGCAUCAAUUUGAAUGUCAAGGUGCAACCUAUUCUCAAUCUAUCUGUUUCGUUGGAGAGCGAGAUUGUAUCACCCGACUCUGAAACGACCAUCACCCUCCACGUUGACCAACUCGAUAAUGGAAAACCUUUCCAAGACCAAGUCGAGGCAUGUGUCAUGGUGGUCGAUAAACGUGUUCUCGACCUCGUUCCAUCACAACUGCCAGACAGUCAAUCCUUUUCAAUGUAUGCCCACAGCUUUGUAUCGUACGAUCAGUCUACCAAGGGGCUGACCAGAUCCUACGCAAAACAAGCAGAAAUACUCCUCAGACGAUUCAAAAUCGAUCAAUGGAUAUCGGAUUGGAGUGGAUUUGAAGUUGAAGAUCCAGCCUUUUUCAAGAAUCUUUUCAACUAUCUCACCAAUAUGGCCAAUCCAUACCGUCACCGAUACUAUGCUUCCUAUGGAGGUACAACUGGAGGAGGUAUUGUUAACCUUGAAGCUGCAGAUACUGGUAUUCCAAUGUCGUUUGAUGCCAUUGCUGCCAAAUCUCGUGGUCCACCAGCACCUGACGCCGGUAGCGGCGGAAAAACAGACAAUUCUAAAACAUCGCUUCGUAAUAAUUUCCAAACUACACCUCUCUUUGCUAGCAAGGUUCUCAUCAAAGGUGGUAAAGGACAGGUUACCUUUAGAUUACCCGACGACAUUACAACAUUCCAAGUCCGAGCAUUUGUUGUUUCCAAAUCAACAGACUAUCUCUACUCUACUGAAACAUCGCUCACUUCAAGAAAGGAUGUCAAUAUUUUACCAAUCAUCCCUAGAUUUGUUCGUAUUGGCGAUACAUUCAAUCUUGGUGCUUCCAUUGUCAUCUCCAACCCCAAGCUAACGCAAUCUGGAAUUAUGAGACUUGUAGUCAAGGUGGUUGAUCCCUCUGUCGCAGAAUCUACCGAAGGCUACAGUAAAAUUGUUGCCUUGUCGUCAAAUGGAACCACCAUCAACAGUUUAUUUAAUUUCAAAGCACUUAAAAAGGGAACUGUUGAUUUGGGAUUGUUUGUCUAUUUGGACAACCGUCUUUUAGACUCAAUCGAGGUUCAAUUUGAUGUACUCGGACGUCAACUGUCAAUGUAUGUUGGUACAAGUAUGGCUGUUUCAAGUAAUACCACUGUAGAAGAAGGAAUCAACUUGCCAGAUACUGAACCAGGUACUGGACAAUUGAACAUGGUUGUCGGUGUCGGACGUUACCCAUCCGUAGAAACCAUGUGCAACAAGCUAUUGUCCAUUGGUAAUGACAGAACACCAUCUUCGGUCGACCAACUAUCAAAACAGGUAACCUAUGCCUCUCUGACCAGUUACAAUGCCAAUACCACCCUCAUCAACGAAGCUCAGGCUCAACUAAAGGUUGUCAUGUUGGGUUUCGAUAGAUAUGUCUCGGGUAACAUCAAAUGGUAUCCAACCGAUGUAACUGGUAGUUUCUAUCCUACUCUAUACGCCCUCCAAUUGCGAAAUCUCAUGAAGGGACUCAAGCACAUUGAUGGAUGGGUGUUGUUGGAUGCUCACUUUAGCGACUGGCAACGUUUUAUCGACACCUAUGUCAACGAAUUGGUCACCACUGCACAUCAAGGCAAUCAUACUGUUGACAAGAGUCUGAUCGGUCUCGCUAGUAUUGCACUUGGUUAUUAUUGGGCACCAUCCAAUGAUGAACUCAUAGAACUCUACUCGUUUAAUGCUCUGUCUGCCAACAUUUCAGAUAAUUGCGAUCUUCAAUGUCAAUCCUACUUUAUGAUUGCAACACUUUUGAAUGGAGACGGUGACCAAUCUUCAUUUAUUCCAACUGUCAUUCAAAACCUUGAAAAUGCAAUUCGUAUCCAAGGUAGAACUGCCUAUGUCACUGGAGGAGGAGGUAGAUCAUCUCUUUCAUUGACCAUUUACGCAUCGAUUUCAUUUAUCAUGGCCAAGCAUAUGGACACUCCAUUCCUUGAAAAGAUGGUCAACUUUAUAGCGUCGGGUGGUGUCGUCCCCAGCAUCACCUUUGACAAGUGGGUACCAGGUGUUUCAAGUGAACAGAUGGCCCUCUCUAUCAUUGCAAUGACUUGUUAUGACCUGGCUAAAAACAGUACCCAACCAAAUCUUACAUUUAGUGCCUACAAAAACUCUGUCAACAAUCUAUUACUCUCUCAAUCAUUUAAUACUACAAGUCCAAAGAAUAUUCAAAAGAUUAUUCAGUUUGAUGGACUUGUAAGUGGUAACAAUAAUAGUAAUAAUAGUGGAAAAUUAUUAUUCUCAGUAGUUGGUGUUGGAGAAGUGUCGGUUGCUGUUGGUAUUGAAUAUGUACCAACCAAACUACCAGACAAACCAGUAUACAAUGGUUUCUAUGUAGAAAAGGUCAUUAAAUUUAUGAACACCAACAGUAGUAGUAGUAGUAGUAAUAGUCAAAGUUCAACAACCUUCAAGUAUGGUGAUUAUGUAGAGGUUGUCAUAUCGGUUACGACUCACGAUGAUGUUGGAGUUAUCUAUGUCGAAGAUCCAUUACCAUCGGUAAUUGAACCACUAGACAAUAACAUCUAUCAAAAUCCAGACACUCCACCACAAUGGGAUACCGUUCGUUACUAUUGGUAUUCUCCAUUUGGCUACAGAGAAACUAGAAAAGACAAGGUCAUCUUCCAAGGCACAGAUAUCUUGGCAGGUAGUUACACAGUCUCUUACUUUGCAGUUGUCACUAGUUCCUUUGGAGUUUAUUCACUUCCACCAACCAAAGUUUAUUCUCCUAAUCAACCUGAACUAUUUGGUUUAUCAAAUGGUUCAAUUAUUUCAAUUCAUUAA